AUGACGGACGUGAAAAGGAAUAUAUCUGAGGUAUCUUCGGGGUCGUCUAAUUUAAGUCAUGACGACAAAAAGUUACACACGAAGCCGGGCCGUAAGCCCAUAGAGAUAGAGCCUAAGUCGAAGAGAACAGCCCAGAACCGUGCUGCACAGAGGGCCUAUAGGGAGAGAAAGGAGCGUAAGAUGAAGGAUUUGGAGGAUAAGGUAAAGUUGUUGGAGGACGAGACAAUCAAGGCCAACACCGAGCUGGACUUCUUGAAGGCACAAGUUGACAUGUUGAAGAACGAGUUGGCAAGAUACAGAGGUCAUACCGACUUUCUGGACUUGAAGUUACCUACAAGAGUGGGGCAUUUGUCAAAUCCUAAUACAGGGGGCACAUAUAGGCCGACAAUGGGUGAUAAGCACCGUUCUUCAUCUGAUUCGACUAGUAAUAAGUCAUCUGUUGGAGACGUCAAAUUCCAAUCGCCUAAUGAAUCGCUGAACAACACAUCCCCUGAUUCGGUGGGUCAGUUUUCUGCUAGCUUCCCAUGGUCCAAGGACAGUUUGGCUGAUUCCAAUACCAGUAAUGACGGAUAUAGCGAUGGAUAUCAGACAGGUCAGAAACAAUACGUUCCUGACUUGAUCAGUGGAUCGUCUUCGUCUACAUCUCCUCUCAAUGAUAACAUUUUGGUUUCUCCAGAUUCACUGAACUCCGCACCUAACACAGUCAACUCAAACCAGUUUGAUACCCAGAAUGAUCAAAAUUUCGGUUUUACACAUCAGAGCUUUGAAGAGCAAGUUGAUCCCUUUUGCGUUAAGCUAAAUGAAGCUUGUGGCACCAAAGAAUGCCCUAUACCCAAGGACAAAGAAAACCAAUAUCAAUAUAAUUCGCCAUUCAGCAAUUUAAAGAAUCCAGAUACGACUUCAACUAACGACAACACAGGCUUUGACCCUUUUUUCAAUGGAGACUCUAAGUUUAAUUUCGAAUUAUCUGGAAACAAUGAAGAUCCUUUAUCGUUUUUGAAUGAUAAUAACUUUGAUGUUUCAUUGGCAUUCGCUGACACCUAUCAAGAACCUAAAAGAGACAACGAAGUAGAUCCAAUAUCGUUAUUGACAACAGAGGAAAGUGUUUACGAUCCAUUGAGUGAUAAAGGGUUCAAUUUCAAUGAUUUUGUUAGAACCAGCGUUUCUGAAGGACACGAAGACAAUUCUGUCAAGAAGAACGAAUCUAAUAAUAUCCCACCACCAACAGAGGAAGAAGAAGUUGUCCCAGCGCCGGAGCAAACUGUUAAAUGUUCUGAAAUAUGGGACCGCAUCACCUCACACCCCAAAUACACAGAGCUUGACAUUGACAGCUUGUGUAGCGAGUUGAAGAGCAAGGCUAAAUGUUCUGAGACUGGUGUGGUAAUUAACUCUUCUGACGUUAACCAUUUGUUGGAGCAAUCUGCCUUAUUAAGACGUAAGUGA